GACAGGCUCUGCCCACUGGCGGCCGAAGAUGACGCCACGGCGGCUGUGAGGUGGCCCGAGCCCCGCCGGCAGGCAGGCGCCCUGCAGGGAUCUCCCCCCGCGGCCUGGUCCGACUACACUGAGGAGCCUGACCGCCAGAGGCAGGCCUGCAGCAUCCCCAUGUGGUUGACCGACGAGGAGGCCAAGGAUGGGGACAGCUCCGUGUCGUCGGGCCGCCUCUCUGGCUCCUCGGGGGGCCAUGAGUCGUGCACCCCUCCCCACAGGACUUGGACCGAGAGGGCCCCCCAGGUGCCAAGGCCACCGCGGCAGCCGAGAGAGAGCAACCCCCGGCUGGAGCAGCUGAGGGACAAGAUCCGGGCCCAAGCCCAGCGGCAGGCAAGCUGCGCCUCGCUGGGCACCUCGACACCCUCCAGCGCCUCACACCUCUACAAAGCUUUCACACCAGCACCCCGGAGGAAGGCCCGAAAGCCUUCAAACCCCCUACCAGCCCCGGCCUACCCAGGCAUCCUGAGUGGAACUAAAAGUGGAGUUGAAGAGAAGGCAACCCCUGGCCAUGGGCGUGAGGCCUCCAGGAUCUCCCAGCACCAAGUCUCAGUUGCACAGGAAAAAACCAAAAGGAUGAAAAGUAGUUCUUGCAAAACAGAGAAGGCCCCCAGGCCGCCUGCCCCUAGGAGAGCUGCCAAAGACACAGAUCACAGCAAGAAGGUUGGAGCCACCGAGAGCUCCCCUGUCCACCCCCAGACGCCAAGUCCAGCCUCUGUCCACAGUGACCCGCAGAUGCCCUCAGCCAACGUGCCCACCCUGGCUUCCCGCGAUCCACCUGUGAACGUCCAGGCUGCUAUGGCCGUCCUUCGAGACCUCCGCCAGCAAAUCCAGGCCGGGCUGGAGCUGGCCCGGGCCCGUCACACGAGCCGAGGGCUGGAGCUGCGUGACCUGGCAGGGAGGAGGCGGCCAGGCCCCUGGAAACCCCAAGACGUCCGGGGCUCCUUCUGGAAGAGCCCUGGGGCCCCGACGGACGGGCUGCCUGCCUCCAAGAAGGCUGGGAGCCUCCCUGCCGCACAGCGCUGGAGCCCUGUGGCUGGGUGGGAGUCCUAUCCACAUAGGACCUGGGCGGCCCCAGGACGGGACACCUCCUUCCAGAGACGCGUGAGCCCCACUGAAGGGCUGAACUCCUUCCCCCAGCGGCCCUGGAGUGCCUCGGCCAGGCAGGCCUCCUGCCCCCCAAAGACCUGGGCGUUCCAAGGACGAAACCUCUCCUUGCAGAGGCCCGGGAGCCCCCCCGAAAGGUGGGUCCCCUUCCUGCAGCGGUCCUGGAGCGCCUCGGCCGGACAGGCCUGGGGUCCACAGAGGGCCUGGACUGCUUGUGAAGACCCGGCAGCCCCCGCCCCGAGGCCAUGGAGCCCUCUGGAAAGGCCGAGCCAACCCACCUGGCGACCCUGGAGCGCCUCCUUCACACAGGGGCCCAGCCCCCUGUAUCAGGGCAGGGGUCCCCUGCGGACCCCCUCGGGGGCCAAGCUCGCCUGGCCAAGGCCCAGCCAGGGUGCGCUUUGGAACGCGCCUGAGAAGGAGAAUGAGGUGCGGCCACCUCGGCCUUGCCCCCAGCCCCGGGGGGCCCUGGGCCCCCUCCACGGCUCUGAGUCCCUGCGUGAGUUCAUGCGCCAGAAGACUGCAGCCUGGUGGCGGCAGGCCCUCAAGGAGAAGGCCUCAGCCAUGCACUCGCUGGAGCUCAGAAACCAGAGGCUCCAGGGCGCCCACAGGAAGCAGAGGGAGGCCAUGCUGGGCAGAGCCAUCCCCGUGGUCUCCCAGACGACCCCUGGCAUUGUGACCUUCGUCCCGCACGCGGCACAGUCCAGGGAUCUGGAAGCUGCCGCCGGGCCGGGGGCGCCGGUGCUGCAGUGGAGCAAGGUGACUUCCGGUAUGGUGCUGGGGGACCAGGAGGCCCCAGGCAGCUUCUGCCUGUGUUUGAACAGAGCCUUGAACCCCACCAAGACUCUGGAGGUGGGAGGCUCCCAAGAUGGCUGGGAGGGCGCGCCCCUGCUGAUGCCAGCCAGCUCCUCCCUGGGGCCCCUGAAGUUCCAGGACCUGAGUAUGCACUGCCGGAGCCCGGGGCUCUGCAUCUACCUGGACCCUGAGGAGUCGGAGCGCCUGGGCAUGCCGGGCCCCCUGCACUUCCGAUACAAGCAGGCCCGGCUGCAGGCCCUGGAGACCAUGGCCAACAUCCUGAAGCAGCGGAUCGACGUCCUGACGGACAAGCUGCGCCGCUCCGAGGCAAUGGACGCGCUGGUGGGGCCUGGCCCGGGGCCGCUGCCCUCUGGCUCCAGCACGCCGGCCUGCCCCAGAGCCCUGGUGCCCAACGUGGGCCAAGGGGCGCCCUGGGACUGGGCAGAGCUGCGGGCCAGGCCACUUCUCUCCACCCCUGGCUUCCCGGACACGGAGACGGUGCACUGGAGCCCUGGCUGGGAGCGGCUGCAGAGUGCGAGCCCCAGGGCCCGCCACGCCAGCGAGCCCAUAGGUUUCAUGGACAAUGGACGCUCCGAGCUGGACGGGAGGCUGGCAAGAAACGUGGCUUCUUUCCAGGCCCUCAGCCCCUUCGCAGGGAGGCCCGCUGUCCGACGUCCGGCAGAAGUCGCUGAGCUUCCUGGAGUCCCUGAAGCCGGACUGGCGGGAACAGGGGCAGGCGCUGGCCCUCCUUCGGCAGCAGGGGGAGCUGGAGGUCUGGGAGACGCAGAAGGCCCUGGGGGAGCUGCUGUCCAGACCCAGGCUGGAGGUCAGCCAGCUGGCUUGCCCCCUGCGGCCCAGCCCAGCCUGAGAAAGGCUGGUGGGAAGCGUGGGUCAGGUCAGCCCGGGGAAGGGGGGCCGUGGGUCCCGCCCAGACCCAGGGCCUCCGAGUGCAGCUGCCCUCAGAGUAGGCCUUGGCUCCUCCCUGGGACCCCGCCUGGUCCACCCUCCACAACACCCACCUCCUUCCUGCCCUCGAAGCGGCUGAGGGAGGAGCACUCGACCCAGGCCAGGCCAGGGGCGGCCUUGGAGCCGGAGCAGCCGCAGGUGCGUGUGGAUCUGGAGCCGAGGACCUCUCAGAUUGCCGCGGCAGCCAGACCCAGCUCAUACCCACUCCCGGGCCGAGACGUGGCCGCACCCUCCCCGAGUCCCCAGGACGGAAAGAAGAGUUGGGCAGAUGGGUCAGCUCACGCAGAGCCUGUGCAGGAAGGGAGACCCGCCCAGCCCCCCUCCCAGCUGCCCCCAGCCAGGCUCUGGGAGGAGCCCAGGUUCCAGAGGAGCCGGACGAGGCCCCGGAGCGCGGCGCCGGUACCCUUCAGCCGCUUCACGAUCCAGAUGCUGGAGCAGAGCCUGCGGGAAGAGGACCUGCGCGCGCGGCACCAGGCCGCGCUGCUGCGCCUGCGCGAGAAGGCGCUGGAGGAGAAGAGGCGCGCCGAGCUGGCCUGGCUGGAGCAUCAGCGAAGGUAUCUGAACAGGACUGGCAGCUACGCAGCACUGCUGGCCUUGGCAGAGAAGCAGCACCAGGCCCUCAGCCACCUUGAGCGGGAGCUGAGGGGCAUCCGGUACCUGCGGACCCUUCACCUGUCCUCUCACCGAGAGAGAAAGCUGCUCCUGCAGCAGCAGCAGGACAUCGUCUCCGUGCAGAGGUCCGCGGCCCUCCUGCAGCAGGAGCUUCAGGACCGGACGUGGCUGCCUCAGAGUUCCAGCCCCGAAGUCAAGGCCAGGCAGGAGGAGGACCCCGAGACAAGCCCCCAGCAGGUGGAGGGGCCGGCCCAGGGCUCCUCACACGCCUGGCACACGCCUGGCAGUCCCCUCGGCCAGCACCCGCAGAGGAGCGAGAGCCCGCCAGUCCCGCACCUGCUCAGAGAGCCGCAGGAUGGAACACCCCCUCUGGCAGCUUUGGCUGUGGACGGUCACCCGUGGCCUCCGACGCUGGCGUGGGACGAGGGCACACCCGCAGUGGCCAGCCGACCUGAUGCCAGAGACCAACCCCCGGAGAGCCACAGGCACAUGGGCCAAGGAGACUCCCAGACCAGCCCCAUCCCGUGGCCAGCAGAGGAAAAGGCCCGGGCUCUGACGGGAAGCCCAGCAUCAAGCUUCCAAGGCCAGAGUCGACCCUCCCUGAGCACAGGGCGUCCCCACAGCCCCCAGGAAGCCCGUUGUUUCCAGCAGGUGGCUGAAGGCGGCGGGAGUCCACCAGGGUCAGAACCGGGGCUGGACUUUGCCGGCAGCUCCGUGGAGGGGCCUGCCGCCAUGGAGGCUGCUCAGAGCUGCUCAGGGGAGCAGAGGACAGAGACCUAUCAGCAGGAGAACCCCCAAGCCCCUUUCUCCUGCCCAGAAGCUGCGCCGCCGACCGUGUCUCCAGGUGACGCCUCCACCCCUUCAAGGGCCCCCACCUUGAGUGAGGCCCCGUCCCCAGCAGCUGAGGUGGCGGCACCCCCAGCCCCGCACAAGGACGGCCCCCCGGCCCGGCUCAUGGCCCUUUGGGACCUGGGCUCCGAGCCCGAGUCCACCCCCAGCGCCUGCUCAGGGGCGUCUUCUCCACGGUCCACUGCUGCCUCCUCGGGGAGCCUCGCGUCGUCCUGCCCUUCUCUCCAGGAGUUUCAGAAAGCAUCCGCCAUCCUGGUCCAGCUUUCCGAGAGCCCCACCUCCCUCUCGGAUGGGGAAGCUGGGGACACUCCAGACACAGACCUCAGCUGGGUGGGGGGACUCCCUGUUCCAGACUCCUGGGGGCUCCACCAGGGCGGAGGGGCAGAGACCUGGGAGGGGCUGGAGGGUACUGAGGCCCUUUCUGGGCGCGGCUCUGGCACUGGGGCGGCUGGCCUGGCUCCAGCAGGAGGUCUCCCCGUUGCUCAGUCUCUGUGGUUGAGGUCGGAGCAGUCCGAGUUGUCCAGCAAGGUCUGGGGCCGGGAGAGCCCACAGGACCCUGGCGCCGGUGCCAGGCCAGCCCCAGGGUACUGCUCGCCUGCAGGACACGCGUCCCACUUGGAACAGCCUGGGAUGCCCCUUGCCCUGCCUCCCUUUCUGGGCCCAGGGGAGGGGCAGGAAGAUUCUGGAACCAGUGGGAGCCCGACCAGUGAAUCAGACACAGGAAAAGCCCAGCGGAGGUCCUGGGAGGCUGCAGGAGCGAGGCUCCCAUCCCAAAUCUCUUCCUCGAGUGACUUCCACUUCACCCUUCCCUUCCCCUCCGGGACCUCAGCCUCUGAGUUUGGCAAAAGAGGAGAGACGGGGCCUCCGCAGGCCUCAGGUGGCUGCCCAGAGGGGCCCUGGGGCACUCACCCGAGUCCUUCCACUGAUGGGAAACCUCUACGGGCCUCCUCUGAGCCUGAAGUCCUCUUGAUGCCAGGGGCCCCUCCUGGGAACCUGGGUGGGCAGGCAGCCCAGACAGCUGACAGCCAGGCCCCUGGGCACGGGGGGAGCAGAGCCUCCCCUGUCCUGGAGGAAGCCUGCACUCCUCUGGCUGGUGGCUUCUUGCCUGAGAUCCUGUCCCCGGUGGACGAGGGGCUGUCCUACAGCAGCUUCGACCUCCCGUCCUCCACCCAGAGGGACUCUCGCCUCCCUCCUCUGCCUCCCAUCCUCCCCGCGGAUGGGGAGACUGACCCUGCCAGCGCCCACUCAGAAGACUUCCCCACCCUGCCCAAAGAUGCCGUGUGUCCUGGGGGCUCGCUGGACUCCCCAGGGGAGGCUGCCUCCCUCAUUAUGGGAGAGUGGUCCUCCCUGUCUGGGGAGGGUCUGUCUGAGUCACCGUCCCCGGGGCCCCAGGAGGAGGCUGGGCUCUGCCUUGGGGUGGCGGGACAGGGCAGAAGCCUUAGUGGAGAACUGGGUGAAUCAGGUUCUGUUGGGAGGGGCCAGGCCACGGACAGCUGCUUGUCUGAACCGGUCAGCUUGGGGUCUCCCUGGUGUAGGGGAGCAGGGGAUACCCCGGGGCGGCUCCUAGUGCUGACACCCCCGACCCUGUCCGGGUCUGGAGUAGCCUGCGCAUCUGUGGGGAGUCUGGCAGCUGGGGACCCAGGGCUGCCUGGCUCCGGGCGAGGGGACCUUGCUCUGGCUCUGGGCGCCGGACCGCACACUGCCCUCCCAGGCAUGGAGAGAGCCGAGGUGAUGGACCUGCUGUCCGCCCAGCUCAGCAGCAGGAUCCUGAGGGACACCCUGGCCGUGCUCUCGGAGGCAGCCCCAGCAGGCAGCCUGGCGACAGAGGGGCCCACGGGGACCAGCCGGGUCACACGGGCUCACAUGGCAGCCACUGGGCGGUCGUGGGGAAGCCUAGAGUUCUGAGAAGACAGGGCGGUGGCGGGGGGCUGUGGGGACACAGACGCUGUCUGUGAGAGCCCCCUGCCUGGCUGGCCGUCGAACGAGGCCUCCUAGACACAGCAAGGCCCCGGACAUGUUGUCUCCACGUGACUGUGUGUUAGCAUAUGUGUGUGUGGGCGUGCUGGGGGCCUCAGAAGAGGCCAAGAGGAGAGCGCAGCUCUGGGGGGUCUGGGCGGCCAGAUCCUGAGGCUGGGGGUUACAUCUGCACUGAUACGCCCUCUCGGAUCUGCCUCGUUGGGAAACCGGCGGGGAUGUUUGCCUGCCUCUGAUUUCUGAAGGGUAAACCUGGCGCCUCCACGACGUCCAGCUGGCGACUCCGGGCUGGGAGGUCCGUGUGCAUCCCCUUGUGCAGAUUAGAGGAGGAGGCAGCUCGGGAGAAGGUGAUUUCGCCCGCAGCCAAGUGACCCUCCGCCCGGCCUCUGAGCUGGAGUGGACCCCCGCCUCCCCAAGGGUGUGCAGGCCGCCUCCCAGAAGAAAUGAGAGCCCUUGCCAGGCUGGCCAUCGAAUGGGCCCUCCUGGACACGGCAAGGCCCCAGUGGGUUUCAGAGGUGGCAGCGUGUGGGCUCCUGCAGGGACGGCCUCGCAGGCAUCCCCUUACGAGAGCGCCUGUCCGCCUCAGCACCAGACUCAGGCGGGUGUCCAGGAAGUUGAUGCUGAGUCAAGCAUGAAGAGGGGUUCCCGUGGGAAGGAAGUGGGGAGAGGCUGAGACGGGAGGACGGGGUGAGACUGCCGGGAGGCCCGCAGGGACGCGGGUCUCGGUAGACUGGGCAGGGAGAGCCCUCGGGCCACCUCGGGGUGAGACCAGGGAAGCUGACCUUCAGGGGCUGAAGUUCAGGCCACUGCAGCACUGACCUCUCCCCACAGCAGCCGCCCCAUGAGCCGCUGAUGGGCUCUGAGGGGUCCCUGUGGUCCCCUCCUCCCCCAGGAAGCGCCUGUCUGUUCCCAUGGGGCUGUCUCACUUUAAAGUUGUUAGUCUUUCUCUCCUGAAUUGUCAUCAUCUGUGCACUUGGAGGAGAAGUAGCUUUUCAGUGAGCCCAACAAUCAGCUCUUUCACAAGAGGAAGCAGGGACUUCCCCGGUGGUCCAGUGGUUAGGGCUCUGCACGUCCACUACAGGGGGUGGGGUGGGGGGUGGGUUCAGUCCCUGAUCGGGGGACCAAGAUCCCACAUGUCACACAGCGUGGUCGAAAAUUAAACAAAUAAAAGGAACCAGCUUCCAUAUCGGCUUCUAAACCUCUGACGUGAUCAGGAUUUCUUGAGAUGAGGCUCACUCACGCUGUGCUUGACCUCUCAGAAGCCACUCUGCAUGUCCUACAGCAGUCUCUCUCCCCGUCUGUCAACUAAACCAUCCAUCAGUUAUCCGCAUGGGCUUCCCAGGUGGUAAAGAAUCUGCCAGCCGCUGCAGGAGACGCGGGAGACCCGGGUUCAGUCCCCGGAAGAUCCCCUGCAGGAGGGCAUGGCAAGCCACUCCAGUAUUCCUGCCUGAGAAAUCCCAUGGUCAGAGGAGCCUGCCAAGCUACAGUCCGUGGGGUCACAAAGAGUCAGACGCGACUGAGCGCACACACAUCACUUAUCAUCUCUUUAUUGUCUAUCCCGCAUCUAUCAUUUACAGCACCUAUCAAUCGUCUGCCUGCAUCAACUAUAGCAUCCGUCCAGCCAUUUCCAGUUCUCAAACUGGAAAAUACCUGCUUGCCGGGGAGUCCAGAAUCGAGCAGUCGGCGGCGUGUUGGCCUAAGGGACAUCGCUGUCCUGCUGCUGGUCCAGGAUAUGACCCCUGACCCCUGUGAGAUCCUGGGAAGUCAGCUGUCAAGUUAGAAUGACAGGAGGCCCUCUCCUGCAGCCCUGACUGCAGUGAGAGGAGCUCAUUCACUUUCCAGCACUUGUCAUUUAAAGUGGGCGGCGUCUUCAAAGCUGGCCUGGCAAAGCCCCCAGGUGCUGCCUCUCAGACCCCAUGGACCCCUGCAGGCCAAGGCAGGAACCACCUACCGCUGUCACCAGGCUCCAGCCUCUGGGGCAGCCACUCCAAGGGACCGGCUCACCAGCCCAGCCUGCAUCACAGCCCAGCUCACGCAGGACGGGGUCAUGGUCCCAGGAACAGCAGUCACGACAAUCCAUGUGGGCCUGACGCCCGAUGUCCCCAAGCCCGCUUGAACGCACAGAAGGGGUUUGGGUCCACUGGGGGGAAAAGUGUGUGCAUUCUCCGUGUACGCAAUUUCAGAACAAAUUUUGAGCUACAGCUUUCUUAUUGAUUUCCCCCUAGUUUUCUGAACAAAUUAGUCUGUGAUUUUUUAUUUUUUUUUUCCUAUUUAUCGCUGACCCUUUUGGAUUUACGAGGCCGUGUGAGAGGAAUUAUGUAUUUUACACACACCACGUUCGGUCAUAAAUCUCCCACAUCGAAACCCGGCAGAUUUGCCUCAGAUUCCAUAGUCUUGGGUCUGGCCGCUACGGGCGGGGGGCUGACAGCUGAGCACCAGGCAUGGCCAUGCCCGCAGCUGGACUCAGGGCCUCCCGGGUGCCCAGCAGGCGCGUGUGUCCCUGGGGUCACUUUGUGGCCCCUCACCCUUGAAGGGAGUCUGGUCACGGAGGACUUGUAUGAAGACCCUGGCCUUCUCCUUCCCAUGACAGCUGGAUCCAGGGAGCUUGGGGUUAUCCAGUGACCAGCCAGGGGAGGAAGACUGUCCACCAAAGGUGUCAGACAUGCUUAAUCUCCGCCGACAUUAUGUGUGUGGAGCUGAGGGCUGUGGCAUUCAGAUAUAUUGACCUGAAGCAAGACUUCAAUUUCAAGAUUGCUCCCUCCAAGGUCUCACCGUGCUCGCCUUGGCUCCAAUCCCUGUAGCCUCUUGGGCCAAUAAAUCUUGAUA